GAUUCUCCUCCUCAUCCCCCUGGGAGCGAGGGGGGGAGGAGGGAGAGGAGAAGGGGGGAGUGGGUGAGUGGCUGCGUGGUUCUGUGUUACCGGCUGGGCUUAAACCACGACAAUAUCAAAAGCACAGACGGUGGAUGCAGAUAUAACACAGGCAUUGAUGUAUGUAUGUAUACGUAUUUAUUUGUACAUAUAUGUAAAAUACAUACACUGGCCUAUGUCUGUACCUAUAACAGUAACACCGGUGCAUACACGCACGUGUGUAUCUGCACCGCUCUUUGGACACCGCAGGCGCUGCGGUACGGUACAGAUCUAAGUACAGUGAUACACGGGACUGCGCACAGGCUCCCUGCCUGCCCACAGGGACGCACACGCGCGAGCACCGUUUCCCGUGGGCCGGGAAGGGCGCCCCGGCUCCCCCCGGUCCCAUGAGCGCCAUGAGCUCGAGCCCCGCCGGGGGGCGGUGCGGAGCUCCGCCAGCGGUGCGGGGCCUCGGGGGGCGGGCCGGCGGGGCGACUAUGGCGGAGGCGGAGGCCGGGUUGGUCCCGCUGCUGGCGGCCGCCCGCCGGGCACACGAGGCGGCUUUCGGGGGGCCGGCGUUGCUGGCGGCAUGGGCCCCCGGCCGUGUCAACCUCAUCGGCGAGCACACCGACUACAACGGCGGCUUCGUGCUUCCCAUGGCCCUGCAUCUGGGGACAGUGCUGGUGGGAUCCCCCACGAAGGACGGGACCAUCUCCAUCCUCACCACCUCGGCAGAGGCAGACAAGCCACACCAGGUGGUCCUGUGCCGGGCUUCAGUGCUGUGGUAGCCAGUGACAUCCCCCUGGGCGGGGGCCUUUCCAGCUCGGCCGCGCUUGAGGUGGCUACUUACACCUUCCUCCAGCAGCUCUGCCCUGAUGAUGGUGAUUUGGUGGCCAAGGCACUGGUGUGUCAGAAAGCAGAGCACACGUUUGCGGGCAUGCCCUGUGGGAUCAUGGACCAGUUCAUAUCUGUAAUGGGCAAGGAAGGCCACGCGCUGCUCAUUGACUGCAGGUCCCUGGAGACUGUCCUCGUCCCGCUGACUGAUGCCAGCCUGGCCGUGCUCAUCACCAACUCCAAUGUGCGGCACACGCUGACGGGCAGCGAGUAUCCCGUGCGCCGGCGGCAGUGUGAGGAGGCAGCAGCAGCGCUUGGCAAGACCAGCCUACGAGAUGCCACCAUGGCUGACCUGGAAGUGGCCAGGAGCUCUCUGGGUGAGGAGGUGUACCGGCGGGCCAGGCACGUCAUCGGCGAGAUAGCACGGACGGUGCAGGCAGCGCAAGCCCUGCAGGACAGGGACUAUGGGAUGUUCGGGAGGCUGAUGGUGGAGAGUCACAACUCCCUCAGGGACGACUACGAAGUGAGCUGCCCGGAGCUGGAUGAGCUGGUAGCAGCAGCCCUGGAGGUCGACGGGGUUUAUGGCAGCAGGAUGACUGGGGGAGGCUUUGGAGGCUGCACGGUGACUCUGCUGGAGGCUGGGGCUGCAGAGAGAGCCCAGCGCCACAUCCAGGAGAGCUACAGUGGCACAGCCACCUUCUACCUCACCAAACCCUCUGGAGGGUCAAAGGUGCUGCCUCUGUAGAGGAGCGGCCACCUCGCCUGGGCUGGGAUCGCUGCGGCUGCAUUCCUGGCUUGCAGGGGAAUCCAUUUGUCUAUCUGCAUCAUUUGCCUAAUAAAUGCAAAACGUUUGCACGGUUGUUCUGC